AUGGUGUUCAUGUGUUGGCCACUUGUGACCCAGAAAUGCGACGAAUCAUCCAAAGUGACAUGCAAACACAUAAAAAAGCGCUCCAUACAGACGAGAUGUCCCAACGAUGUGUGGAUACAAAUGAACAUUCCACACGAGAGCGAUUGCGAUAAAUAUUACAGAUGUUUCCACGGGAAUCGAAUCUUAAUGUCCUGUUUUAAUGGGGCGCAUUAUAACCCAAAAACUCAGAGUUGUGACACGCCGGAGAAUGCUGGUUGCGCUGACGGGGAAAUUAUUGAGGAUUGUCCAGCGAACACCUUUAUCCCAAUCUUCUUACCUCAUGAUACUGACUGUAACAAGUAUUAUAGAUGCUUUAGAGGUAACAAACAAGUCCAAAGGUGUGGUCACGGACAGCAUUUUAAUGCGAAAACCCAGCUCUGCGAUACAAUAGCAAACGCUGGCUGUCAAGAGGAAUCGAACACGCCGAAUGGAUGCUCAAAGGAUGGACUAUUUCUACCACACGAACAGUGUGAUAAAUAUUAUAAAUGUGUUCACGGGAAUAAAAUAUUAAUGCCUUGUCCAACUGGGAUGCACUUUAGUUUCGAGUUACAGCGAUGUGAUUGGCCAAACAUAGCGAAAUGCGAGCCAACACAAACACCAACAACAACAACGACUACAACAACAACAACGACGACGACGACACCAAAACCGGAAUCAACACCCAGACCGGGAUACUUUCCUAACGGAUGUCCUAUAGACUAUAGAAUUGAACAGUUGUUACCUCAUCCGGAUUGUACGAAGUUUUAUCAGUGCGUGCAUGGUUUUAAACAAGAAAUGCCAUGUCCAGGAGGAACGCACUUCAGUUUUCAUUUGCAGAGAUGUGAUUGGCCCAGUAUAGCGAAGUGUGUUCCGGGUACAACAACCACAACUCAACGCCCAAUAACAACAACUCGCCAACCAAUAACAACUACUCGUCGACCGACGACAACAACAACAACACCAACAACUAAAUCACCUAUUAGUACCCCAAGGCCUGGAUAUUUCCCCAAUGGAUGUCCUAUAGAUUACAGAAUGGAACAGCUAUUACCUCAUCCGGACUGUGGCAAAUACUAUCAAUGUGUACACGGUUUUAAACAAGAAAUGCCGUGCUAUCAUGGUUUACACUUUAGUUACGAGUUACAGAGAUGUGAAUGGCCAAAUAUAGCAAAAUGUGUGCCUGGUGGAACAACAACUACGCGAUUACCAACAACGACAACAAUGAAAUUACCAUCAACAACAUCUACGACAACCACAACCACGACAACUAAACCAGUAUCAACGCCAAGGCCAGGUUAUUUUCCCAAUGGAUGUCCCGUCGACUACAGAAUCGAACAAUUGUUACCUCAUCCUGACUGCACUAAAUACUAUCAGUGCGUGCAUGGAUUUAAACAAGAAAUGCCAUGUCCAGGAGGAACACACUUUAGUUUUGAACUGCAGAGAUGUGAUUGGCCAAAUAUUGCUAAUUGUAAGCCUGGAGCUUCAACUUCAUCGCCAACAACAACAACUACAACGCCCAGUACAACAACAUCAACACCAAGGCCAACAACAACAACGCCGAGCUUAACAACAACGACAAAGCCAGAAUAUUUACCAAAUGGUUGUCCUAAGGACUUUUCAGUCCAUUUGUUGUUACCACAUGAGUACGAUUGCACGAAAUUCUAUUAUUGCAAUUUUGGGGAGAAGGUUGAGCGGCAAUGUAAUUCGAAUUUAUACUUCGAUCCAAUUUUGCAGGUAUGUAACUGGCCGUCAGCAGUUGAUUGUAAGCCAAGCACGCCUCCACCAAGUACAACUAUAAAAGACCCCAAAACAACAACCUCUGAGGUAACCACUCCAGUUGCUACUACUCCUGAUAUCACAGUAAGUCCAGAAGUCUCUACACCGGACUCAACUACGCCUGAAGCAACAUCAACAGAGGCUACCACGGCUGAAGACACAACCUUAGAGCAAACUACACCUGAAGCUACAACCCCAGAAGCUACCACGGCUGAAGACACAACAUUAGAGCCAACUACACCUGCAGCAACAACACCAGAGGAUACCACGGCUGAAGACACAACAUUAGAGCCAACUACACCUGAAGCUACAACCCCAGAAGCUACCACUGCUGAAGACACAACAUUAGAGCCAACUACACCUGCAGCAACAACACCAGAGGCUACCACGGCUGAAGACACAACAUUAGAGCCAACUACACCUGAAGCUACAACCCCAGAAGCUACCACUGCUGAAGACACAACAUUAGAGCCAACUACACCUGCAGCAACAACACCAGAGGCUACCACGGCUGAAGACACAACAUUCGAGCCAACUACACCUGAAGCUACAACCCCAGAAGCUACCACGGCUGAAGACAUAACAUUGGAGCCAACUAAGCCUGCAGCAACAACCCCAGAAGCUACCACAGCUGAUGAUCCAACACCAGAAGCAACUACGCCUGCAGCAACAACACCAGAGGCUACCACGGCUGAAGACACAACACUAGAGCCAACUACGCCUGCAGCAACAACACCAGAGGCUACCACGGCUGAAGACACAACAUUGGAGCCAACUACACCUGCAGCAACAACACCAGAGGCUACUACGGUUGAAGACACAACAUUAGAGCCAACUACACCUAAAGCUACAACCCCAGAAACUACCACUGCUGAAGACACAACAUUAAGGCCAACAACGAUUGCAGCAACAACACCAGAGGCUACCACGGCUGAAGACACAACAGUGGAGCCAACUACGCCUGCAGCAACAACACCAGAGGCUACUACGGCUGAAGACACAACACCAGAUGCAACUACGCCUGCAGCAACAACACCAGAGGCUACCACGGCUGAAGACACAACAUUAGAGCCAACUUCGCCUGAAGCAACAACACCAGAGGCUACUACGGUUGAAGACACAACAUUAGAGCCAACUACACCUAAAGCUACAACCCCAGAAACUACCACUGCUGAAGUCACAACAUUAGAGCCAACUACACCUGAAGCUACAACCCCAGAAGCUACCACUGCUGAAGACACAACAUUAGAGCCAACUACACCUGCAGCAACAACACCAGAGGCUACCACGGCUGAAGACACAACACUAGAGCCAACUACGCCUGCAGCAACAACACCAGAGGCUACCACGGCUGAAGACACAACAUUCGAGCCAACUACACCUGAAGCUACAACCCCAGAAGCUACCACGGCUGAAGACAUAACAUUGGAGCCAACUACGCCUGCAGCAACAACCCCAGAAGCUACCACAGCUGAUGAUCCAACACCAGAAGCAACUACGCCUGCAGCAACAACACCAGAGGCUACCACGGCUAAAGACACAACAUUAGAGCCAACUACGCCUAAAGCAACAACACCAGAGGCUACCACGGCUGAAGACACAACAUUAGAGCCAACUACACCUAAAGCUACAACCCCAGAAACUACCACUGCUGAAGUCACAACAUUAGAGCCAACUACGCCUGAAGCUACAACCCCAGAAGCUACCACGGCUGAAGACAUAACAUUGGAGCCAACUACGCCUGCAGCAACAACCCCAGAAGCUACCACAGCUGAUGAUCCAACACCAGAAGCAACUACGCCUGCAGCAACAACACCAGAGGCUACCACGGCUGAAGACACAACAUUCGAGCCAACUACACCUGAAGCUACAACCCCAGAAGCUACCACGGCUGAAGACACAACAUUAGAGCCAACUACACCUAAAGCUACAACCCCAGAAACUACCACUGCUGAAGUCACAACAUUAGAGCCAACUACGCCUGCAGCAACAACACCAGAGGCUACCACGGCUGAAGACACAACAGUGGAGCCAACUACGCCUGCAGCAACAACACCAGAGGCUACCACGGCUAAAGACACAACAUUAGAGCCAACUACGCCUAAAGCAACAACACCAGAGGCUACCACGGCUGAAGACACAACACUAGAGCCAACUACGCCUGCAGCAACAACACCAGAGGCUACCACGGCUGAAGACACAACAUUCGAGCCAACUACACCUGAAGCUACAACCCCAGAAGCUACCACGGCUGAAGACAUAACAUUGGAGCCAACUACGCCUGCAGCAACAACCCCAGAAGCUACCACAGCUGAUGAUCCAACACCAGAAGCAACUACGCCUGCAGCAACAACACCAGAGGCUACCACGGCUGAAGACACAACACUAGAGCCAACUACGCCUGCAGCAACAACACCAGAGGCUACCACGGCUGAAGACACAACAUUAGAGCCAACUACACCUAAAGCUACAACCCCAGAAACUACCACUGCUGAAGUCACAACAUUAGAGCCAACUACGCCUGCAGCAACAACACCAGAGGCUACCACGGCUGAAGACACAACAGUGGAGCCAACUACGCCUGCAGCAACAACCCCAGAUGCUACAACAGCUGAUGAUCCAACACCAGAAGCAACUACGCCUGCAGCAACAACAUCAGAGGCUACCACGGCUGAAGACACAACAGUGGAGCCAACUACGCCUGCAGCAACAACCCCAGAUGCUACCACAGCUGAUGAUCCAACACCAGAAGCAACUACGCCUGCAGCAACAACAUCAGAGGCUACCACGCCUGCAGCAACAACACCAGAGGCUACCACGGCUGAUGAUCCAACACCAGAAGCAACUACGCCUGCAGCAACAACACCAGAGGCUACCACGGCUGAAGACACAACACUAGAGCCAACUACGCCUGCAGCAACAACACCAGAGGCUACCACGGCUGAAGACACAACAUUCGAGCCAACUACACCUGAAGCUACAACCCCAGAAGCUACCACAGCUGAUGAUCCAACACCAGAAGCAACUACGCCUGCAGCAACAACACCAGAGGCUACCACGGCUGAAGACACAACACUAGAGCCAACUACGCCUGCAGCAACAACACCAGAGGCUACCACGGCUGAAGACACAACAUUAGAGCCAACUACGCCUGCAGCAACAACCCCAGAAGCUACCACAGCUGAUGAUCCAACACCAGAAGCAACUACGCCUGCAGCAACAACACCAGAGGCUACCACGGCUGAAGACACAACACUAGAGCCAACUACGCCUGCAGCAACAACACCAGAGGCUACCACGGCUGAAGACACAACAUUCGAGCCAACUACACCUGAAGCUACAACCCCAGAAGCUACCACAGCUGAUGAUCCAACACCAGAAGCAACUACGCCUGCAGCAACAACACCAGAGGCUACCACGGCUGAAGACACAACACUAAUGCCAACUACGCCUGCAGCAACAACACCAGAGGCUACCACGGCUGAAGACACAACAUUAGAGCCAACUACGCCUGCAGCAACAACCACAGAAGCUACCACGGCUGAAGACACAACAUUAGAGCCAACUACGCCUGCAGCAACAACCACAGAAGCUACCACAGCUGAUGAUCCAACAGCAGAAGCAACUACGCCUGCAGCAACAACACCAGAGGCUACCACGGCUGAAGACACAACAUUCGAGCCAACUACACCUGAAGCUACAACCCCAGAAGCUACCACGGCUGAAGACACAACAUUAGAGCCAAUUACACCUGAAACUACAACCCCAGAAGCUACCACAGCUGAUGAUCCAACACCAGAAGCAACUACGCCUGCAGCAACAACACCAGAGGCUACCACGGCUAAAGACACAACAUUAGAGCCAACUACGCCUAAAGCAACAACACCAGAGGCUACCACGGCUGAAGACACAACACUAGAGCCAACUACGCCUGCAGCAACAACACCAGAGGCUACCACGGCUGAAGACACAACAUUCGAGCCAACUACACCUGAAGCUACAACCCCAGAAGCUACCACGGCUGAAGACAUAACAUUGGAGCCAACUACGCCUGCAGCAACAACCCCAGAAGCUACCACAGCUGAUGAUCCAACACCAGAAGCAACUACGCCUGCAGCAACAACACCAGAGGCUACCACGGCUAAAGACACAACAUUAGAGCCAACUACGCCUGAAGCAACAACACCAGAGGCUACCACGGCUGAAGACACAACACUAGAGCCAACUACGCCUGCAGCAACAACACCAGAGGCUACCACGGCUGAAGACACAACAUUCGAGCCAACUACACCUGAAGCUACAACCCCAGAAGCUACCACGGCUGAAGACAUAACAUUGGAGCCAACUACGCCUGCAGCAACAACCCCAGAAGCUACCACAGCUGAUGAUCCAACACCAGAAGCAACUACGCCUGCAGCAACAACACCAGAGGCUACCACGGCUGAAGACACAACAUUCGAGCCAACUACACCUGAAGCUACAACCCCAGAAGCUACCACGGCUGAUGAUCCAACACCAGAAGCAACUACGCCUGCAGCAACAACACCAGAGGCUACCACGGCUGAAGACACAACAUUAGAGCCAACUACGCCUGAAGCAACAACACCUCUGGCUACCACGGCUGAAGACACAACAUUAGAGCCAACUACGCCUGCAGCAACAACACCAGAGGCUACCACGGCUGAAGACACAAUAUUAGAGCCAACUACGCCUGCAGCAACAACACCAGAGGCUACCACGGCGGAAGACACAACAUUAGAGCCAACUACGCCUGAAGCAACAACACCAGAGGCUACCACGGCUGAAGACACAACAUUAGAGCCAAUUACACCUGAAACUACAACCCCAGAAGCUACCACAGCUGAUGAUCCAACACCAGAAGCAACUACGCCUGCAGCAACAACACCAGAGGCUACCACGGCUGAAGACACAACACUAGAGCCAACUACACCUGAAGCUACAACCCCAGAAGCUACCACGGCUGAAGACACAACAUUAGAGCCAACUACGCCUGAAGCAACAACACCAUUGGCUACCACGGCUGAAGACACAACAUUAGAGCCAACUAAGCCUGCAGCAACAACCCCAGAAGCUACCACAGCUGAUGAUCCAACACCAGAAGCAACUACGCCUGCAGCAACAACACCAGAGGCUACCACGGCUGAAGACACAACACUAGAGCCAACUACGCCUGCAGCAACAACACCAGAGGCUACCACGGCUGAAGACACAACAUUCGAGCCAACUACACCUGAAGCUACAACCCCAGAAGCUACCACGGCUGAAGACAUAACAUUGGAGCCAACUACGCCUGCAGCAACAACCCCAGAAGCUACCACAGCUGAUGAUCCAACACCAGAAGCAACUACGCCUGCAGCAACAACACCAGAGGCUACCACGGCUGAAGACACAACAUUAGAGCCAAUGACACCUGAAACUACAACAUCAGAAGCUACCACAGCUGAUGAUCCAACACCAGAAGCAACUACGCCUGCAGCAACAACACCAGAGGCUACCACGGCUGAAGACACAACAUUAGAGCCAACUACGCCUGCAGCAACAACACCAGAGGCUACCACGGCGGAAGACACAACAUUAGAGCCAACUACGCCUGAAGCAACAACACCAGAGGCUACCACGGCUGAAGACACAACAUUAGAGCCAAUUAUACCUGAAACUACAACCCCAGAAGCUACCACAGCUGAUGAUCCAACACCAGAAGCAACUACGCCUGCUGCAACAACACCAGAGGCUACCACGGCUGAAGACACAACACUAGAGCCAACUACGCCUGCAGCAACAACACCAGCGGCUACCACGGCUGAAGACACAACAUUGGAGCCAACCACGCCUGCAGCAACAACACCAGAGGCUACCACGGCUGAAGACACAACAUUCGAGCCAACUACGCCUGCAGCAACAACACCAGAGGCUACCACGGCUGAAGACACAACACUAGAGCCAACUACGCCUGCAGCAACAACACCAGAGGCUACCACGGCUGAAGACAUAACAUUGGAGCCAACUACAUCUGACGCAACAACACCAGAAGCAACUACACCUGAAGCUAGAACGACACCAAGUUCCCCAUCACCUGCACCAAUUUGUCCUCCAGGCGUUUUCGGCAAUGUACCUCAUCCCGUUUUGUGUGACUACUAUUACAAUUGCAUUGGAGGAAUGGAGGUCUUAUUGAGAUGUUUAGAAGGCUUUGAGUACGAUCACAGUAUUCGGAGCUGCACACGUAUUUCCGAAAAUGGAUGUUUUGCAAGAAAAAAUACCACAACAACAACAGACAACCAGGUUACAGACACAACAACGGAAGAUAUUGAAUCAACAACAUACAGAGACAACAUUUGUCCACCAGGUUAUUCAGGCACUUUGCCACACUCAACACUUUGCAGUGCAUAUUAUCGUUGUGAAGAGGGCGAAGCGAUACUGAAGAACUGCGCGAAAGGAUUCGAGUACGAUGCCGAAAUUAUGAAUUGCGUCCGCAUAUCUAGCACGGGUUGUUUCGCAACACGAUACAACUUAACAACAACGACGACACCAACUCCAACAACAACCGAAAACAACAAAGACAAACCAAUUUGUCCACCGAACUACUCAGGAAAUGUUCCCCACGAAACGAAAUGCGAUUCUUACUAUACUUGCUUUAGUGGUUCAAAGUUUUUGAUGCAGUGUCCCAACGGUUUUGAAUUUGAUCCGACUACAAAAAACUGCGUCCGAAUCUCGAACACUGGUUGUUUCGCAACACGAUACAAUUUGACAACAACGACAACGACAACGACACCAACUACAACAACAACCGAAAACAACAAAGUCAAAUCAAUAUGUCCACCGAACUUCUCAGGAAAUGUACCCCACAAAACGAAGUGCGAUUCUUUCUAUACUUGCUUCAGUGGUUCGGAGUUUUUGAUGCAGUGUCCCAACGGAUUUGAGUUUGAUCCGAAUACAAAAAAUUGCGUCCGAGUUUCGAACACUGGUUGUUUUGCAACACGAUACAACUUAACAACAACAUCGACAUCAACUACAACCGAAAACAACAAAAUCAGACCAAUAUGUCCACCGGCUUUCUCAGGAAAUCUUCCCCACAGAACGAAAUGCGAUUAUUACUAUACUUGCUUUAGUGGUUCGGAGUUUUUGAUGCAAUGCCCCAACGGAUUUGAAUUUGAUCCCACAACCAACGAAUGUGUAAGGAUAUCGUCGAGUGGAUGUUUCGCGCGGCAAAAUGAUCCAGAAAACAUCUGCAUGCCAGGUGAAUCAGGACACGUGCCACACCCCGAACUGUGUGAUACGUUCUACCUUUGUGCCAUGGGUGAACCCUUGAGACUACACUGCAGCAGAGGAUUCGAAUUCUCUGAAGCAAAUGGGCAAUGCGUGGCGAUAUCUGAUGAUGGAUGCUUUGCGAAAGUGAAACAAUCAAAGAAGAUGCCAAUUUGCUCACCAGCUCAAGUUGGUAACAUACCACAUCAUACAAGAUGCGAUGCGUACUACAGCUGUAUGGCUGGUGAAGCCACAGAGGUAUUAUGUGAAGAAGGAUUUGAAUUCGACCCAGAAACUAAGCAAUGCGCGCUCAUUUCGGAGAAUGGCUGCACGGCUCGCAAGUAG